CAAAAUAGAAAAUGUGACGCUCUCCCUCUUUCACCACUCCGGUGGCAUUAGUCUUCAGAAUGGCGCAACAAGAUAGCACGAAGGAUCUUGCCCCUUCAAUUGACGUCACGAACCUGAGCUACGCCUUCCCCGACGGCUCCUCAGGCCUCAAAGAUGUCUUCCUCAACCUGCCGCCAGGAAGCAGGGCGCUGCUGAUAGGAGCGAACGGUGCUGGCAAGACGACGCUCCUCCGCCUCCUCUCUGGCAAGCGUAUGGCUCCAGCUGGCUCCGUCUCGAUCGCUGGCGUAGACCCCUUCAAAUUCGGUCUAGAAGGUGUUACAUAUCUGGGUCUGGAAUGGGUGCUCAACCCUAUCGUACGCACCGACAUCGAUGUGCCGACCCUCCUCACCUCCGUGGGCGGGGACUACUAUUGCGACCGCCGCGACGAACUCGUUCGGAUACUGGACAUUGACCUCGCAUGGCGCAUGCAUGCAGUCUCGGACGGAGAGCGACGAAGAGUACAGCUUGCCAUGGGGCUGCUCAGACCGUGGACGAUAUUACUACUGGACGAGAUCACCGUAGAUCUUGAUCUGCUGUCGCGAUCGAACUUCCUCACAUUCUUGAAGCGCGAGACGGAGACGCGGGCUUGCACGAUUGUCUACGCUACCCAUAUCCUGGACAACUUGGCAAUGUGGCCGUCGCACCUAGUUCACAUGGCGUUGGGUAAAGUCAAGAAGGUGGGCAGUAUGGAAGAGCUGAAUGUACAACCUGAGCCCGGAGUGAGAGCCAUAUCCGGGAAUAGUCAGCUGGGUGAGUUGGUGUUGCGCUGGCUGCAGGAAGAUCUUGAUGAGCGUGGCCCUAGGAACGGUAAUGGGAAGAGAAGUGAGGGCAAGACGUACGAGAGUCUCGAAGGGAAGGGUGGGUAUGGCGCCGAGAAGGGGGAUUUGCUUGGACCUCCGCGAAAUCUGAGCCCGGCAUAGUUGUGAAGAUUGAACACGGUGUCCUGCUUCAAUACUGCAGGUGCUCUAACGAUUAAUCAUUUGGCGUUCCGGAGUGAAAACUCAACGAAGAUACCCUUUUCGCCAUUCAACAUUAUUGAACCCAAUUCGCU